CACAGGACAAAAGACUCCCCUUCCCAGCUUCCCCAAAGCUACUUUCCCAUAAGCUUCUUUCUUGUUGGCCUUCUUCUUGCUCUUGCUUGCUUGCCUUGUUGCUUGUUGCUUCUUGAGCUACUCUCCUCCUUGCACAAGUCUGUGUUUUGUGCUGCAGACUUCAGCAUAAGGGUGAAGCAAAGGAUUCUGAUUGUGUCUAACCAGGGUUCCUGAGAAGCCAUGUUUCAUGGUGGCAGGCCUUUGUCCCUCAGGGGCUCUCUCAAGGCGCUUGAAGCUGAUAUCCACCAUGCCAACACCCUGGCGCAUGCUAUACACAGGGCCUAUGGAGGUGCUUGUGUGCAGAUGAGGCUGUCUUACAGCUCCAUGGCUCCAAUCAUCCUCAACCUCAUCCAGUGGAUGGAUUGCAGUUGCUCCCUUUCAUACACCCUCCCUAGUUACCUAGGUCUCCUUGAGGUUCUUGUGUACAAGGUAUAUGUUGAUGAGGAUGCCUCUAUAUCCACCAACAUUGAGAGGAGGGCAAGCCUCAAGGAAUUCUAUGCUGUAAUAUAUCCAUUCUUGCAACAACUUGAGGGGAACUUGAUGGAGAAAGAUUGCAAGGAGAAAGGAUGGUCCAAAGAGGCCUCCGGCGGCGGCCGGAAGCUUUACGCCGAUGAUGAGGACGACGAGAGGGAAGAUGAGUGCGGCAUUUGCCUGGAGGCUUGCACCAAGAUGGUCCUUCCAAACUGCAACCAUGCCAUGUGCAUCAACUGUUAUCGAGACUGGUAUACAAGAUCCCAGUCAUGCCCGUUCUGCCGCGGGAGCCUGAAGAGGGUCCGAUCAAGAGACCUUUGGGUGCUCACCAGAGACGACGACGUGAUCGACACCGUGACCCUGGAGAAGGAGAACGUGAGGCACUUCCACAGCUUCAUCGACAGCUUGCCACUCAUAGUACCUGACAACCUCUUGUUGGUCUACUACGAUUACCUAGUCUGACUGAAGCUCACCUCUGCUUCUGAAAGAGAUCGAGAUUCAGAGUUCAGUGUGUGUUCCGGCAGCCGACCAUCCUCUGCAGAUCGAGUCUGGCUAGCGAAAUGCCGUCCAGCGGCGAAGACGAGAUGACAACCGUUGCUCCUUAUUAGGGCUGGCUCUGCGUAAUUCGCAUUGUUUGUUGUAAUAAGUGUAUAUACAGAAUUAAAAAGAGAUAUUGGGAAGAUGGCUUCUCAGGUUUAACAACUUGUUUGGCAGUUCUGCUCUGGCAAAUUGCCAACUGAUUCAGAAAGAAGGAACGGGUGCUGGGUGCUUAUUUUCCUGCACCAAAUGUCAAAUUAUUUGCG